GAAGAAGGAAUAGAAAGAAAUAGAAUCAAACCUCUCUUGCGUGGCAGAACCACUUUUAUCAAGAAAGUAACAUUGCGAAGAAAGAGACAGCUCUGAGAGAAUAAAAGAGAGAGAGAGUGAGAGACAAACAAGGGAAGCCAAAGAUGAAAAGACUCGGAGCUCCCUCUGCCCCCUCAUAUCUCUCGAGGGAUUGAGAGUACGCUGAGAACCAGGACUGAAAACACAAGCGAGGAGAGGGAGAAGACUGUUGAAUGUAGUUGGGCAUCACGUUCACAGAACAGCAACCAGCCAAUGAGAAACUGUUAUGGGAUCGACAUUGACACAGUGCAAGAGAGACUACAGAUUUCUGACAUGGUGUCGACCCAGAUUGACGGGAGGAAAAUGAGGGGAACAAGGACAGACGUUGACAGACUUGUGCUCAUUCUACCGAAAAAAACAGAUCGUAGACAGACGACAUUCAUCCUCCACUGCCCGAUGUGCCGACAAUACAUUUUUUAGGUGUUGUGCUGUACGUGAGGUGUGCGGACCAAGUCUGCACCACUAAUCAUAGAGACAGGGGGAGGGGGCAGAUUUUCCACAUACAAAACCUCCUGCCUGCCAGUCAGAGAGAGAGAGAGAGAGAGAGAGAGAGAGAGAGAGAGAGAGAGAGAGAGAGAGAGAGAGAGAGAGAGAGAGAGAGAGAGAGAGAGAGAGGAGCAAGUGAAGGAACGAGAAGAGAGGAGUGAGAUUGCAAGGAGAGUGAAAAGCGGAAACAGCUCCAGCAGUUAUCUGGACAGCACCCAGGCAGAGAGAAACAAUUACACAUCAACGCACAUACACACACAGUCCAGCACACAUGGUAUAAGACGUUCCAGCCAGCGGAGGUGGAUAAGCAACAGACAGAAGCGGAGAAAGCCAGACGCCUUAUAUCUACAAUUCCAGACAAGAAGAUUCCUCUCCAUCCUUACUUGGACCACCAGCUUCAAGAAGGAAGUGGUUGGCAACAGUAAAAAAGUAAAGGGGGCACAGUAAGAAAGAGAGAGAGACAGACAAACAGAAAGAGAGAGAGAGAGCAGGGGAUUAGUCCCCUUUGCCCUCUCUCGACCCGUUUCACCGUCAGGCUGGCCGGCACAGCCAUGGCCUUCACCUUCGCUGCCUUCUGCUACAUGUUAACACUCGUGCUCUGCGCCGCCUUGAUCUUCUUCGUCAUCUGGCAGAUUAUUGCGUUUGAUGAGCUGCGCACAGACUUCAAAAACCCCAUCGAUCAGAGCAACCCCACCAGAGCGAGGGAAAGAAUAUUAAACAUCGAGAGAAUUUGCAACCUCCUCCGAAGGCUGGUGGUUCCAGAGUAUUCCAUCCACGGGCUCUUCUGUUUAAUGUUCAUGUGUGCAGGCGAAUGGGUAACUCUAGGUCUCAACAUCCCACUGCUCCUUUAUCAUCUCUGGAGGUUUUUUCACCGUCCCGCAGAUGGGUCUGAGGUUAUGUAUGAUCCUGUGAGUGUGAUGAAUGCAGACAUUCUGAAUUACUGCCAAAAAGAAUCCUGGUGCAAACUUGGUUUCUACCUUCUCUCCUUCUUCUACUAUCUGUACAGUAUGGUGUAUGCUUUGGUCAGCUUCUAAGCGAUUUGAUCAAAUUCAGAAUAAAGGACUACGACAGGAAUGAGAGAGAUGACAGAACAAAGACUGAAUGAUGUCACGCUCUCCUCUCCCUCAUCCACAGAUCUCUCCACCGCUGGCCUUGUUCAGCUCCUUCUCAGAUCUUCUGGGUGGGGAUGGACGAUGGACAUAAGGAGAAAAAGCUUAAAGCCGCCAAAAGCGAAGAUGCCUCAACCACUGCCAUUUAUAAAUAAAGACGAGUGGACCUAUAGAAAUCAGUGCAAUAGGGAGGGAGAGAUAAAAGGCUCAUCAUUUAAUUUCUCAAGGGCUGCUGAUAUCUGCUGCUCGCAGCAACAACCAGUUCUUAAUGUCUGCAAUGAGAUGCAUUUAUGCACCUGUUACACUGAAGUUAAAACAAUAAGCCGUGGAUUUUACGCUGCAAUGUUUUUUUUGUUCAGAUUACUUUAUGAAAUCUCAUUUUGUGCCGAAGAAUUAUUUGAUUACCGCUAAGUAUUUGCUUUUUCAGUAUUCGUGGUAGGUACCCUGUAUGUACAGUAGAAGUACAAUAUAAUAAUGUUAAUAAUAAAUGAAUAUAUGGCUCAGUUGUUGCGAUUCGGUCAGGGUAGUUAGCAAGUAAACUGCACAAAGGACUAUAUUUUAUACGUAUGGAGUCAAGCCGUGACGUUUACACAGAUGCUUCAAGCAAAUCAACCAAUGAGAUUAAUAUCACAAACCGGAUAAACUGUUUGAGCAGCAUCACGUCUGAAGAACUUUCACGAGAGCCACCUGACAUUUUGGGUACAUCCAUCACGGACCGCGCUGAGGACGGGUGUUCAAACACUUCCUCUGUGAGAUCCUAAAUUGAUGUGGGCAUGCCGGACAGGACGAGACAUCCGGCCCGACCUCUGCCGGAGUACUCGAAUACUCGAUAGACUGUGACAAAUCAUAAAAGCACUUUUGGAAUGCCAACAGAUGAACUGUAGCAACAACAGAGGAAGUGUGGGCUGAUGUGGGCGUGAGGCAGUCCAACACAGCGGACCGUGAUACAGAUGAUGGAGAUGCAGGUGUCGGUAACGUUCAUUGAUGACGAAUUGACGGCAUCAAGCGGUGUGACAGUGCAAUGAUGCGGUUGUCAUGGCGAUGACAACGGUGAUGGUUUCAUCACAGAGAGACAUUACCACUUUUCAGGCAAUCUUAUGUGUUGUUAGACUAUAUACAGCGCCACUUUGUUUUGUGUUAACGCGGUGGUCGUAGGACCACCGCUUUGCCUCUCCUGUGUUGUGUUGUUUCCAUGAGUCUGCUGACAAGUAGAUUAAUGAUGAUUAUUUAACUAACUAAGCUGUGUGUAGUUCUAGCUUUGUAGAUUAAUAGAGUGGCAUAUUAUUCUUGAGCCUCUGCAGUAGCUAGAACAAAUUCAUUACACAAUACUGUGGUGGAGGUGUUAUUACAUUCACUUCAACACACAUUUAAAAUACAACGCCUCAUUCCAAUAAGAGAGUAAUUUAAUGGCACAGUCAGAGUGCAUUUAGAAACACUGCCUAUUCGAACGCCCCGGCCUUCUUUACAUCUUGCUAUACCCAAAUAAAUGUCACUAUACCCCGGACAAUCGUUUCUAGCACAACAAAGUAAAGCUGACGGGGAGAGGUUUUCAUUAGACGUCAUCAUUGAAUGUCUUUUUGUGAUUUAAUAUUAGUCGACAUGCAGUACAUUUAACAAUACCUGCAUGAUAAUAACUUUUAUACAUGAUUUAUUGAUGUAUGCUACAGCACCUUUGGUACAACUUUAUGGUCUGUAUUCAGUUGGAUACAACCUAAUAUCUUAUAUACUCUAGAAAAGCAAUUCCACGUUCUAAUAAAAAAUGUUGCCGACAAAAGUGUCAUUAAUUUCGUAUUAGAUUGGAAAGUAUAGUGAAAUGAAGCAAUUCCAUGCAACUGAGAAAAGGUUGUUUUAAGCAAACGUUUUUGGCAAUAUUUGGUGGCCAAAUAACCAAUGUGAGGGCUCCGUUUAAGUUUAUUUUUCAGUUCAGGCAAAGCACAGAUUUUAGAAAUGUCACAUCCAUAACACUGUUUUUCUCAUUAAAAUUAAAAUAAAUAUUUUUAUGUUUUUAGAAGA